CUCCUUCUCUCUGCCAUCUCCUUACACAGACGCACAAACCUCUUUCUCGGCGCACACAACCCUAUCCCACCCCCACAAUGUCAGUUGAAAGCUCCUCUUCGCAAAGCCGCCUCUCCACGCGGAUCUCUCUCCGCUGGGUCCCCGAACCCGCCUUCGAAAACACUGACACGAUCGUGAUGUCCGUUGCGGGGUGGUACGUCGACCUGCGCGUGGACAAGAAAUCAGGAGCCAUUGACUGGGCGAUUGCCGGUCAACGGGUUGUAGAUAGCACCAACUCUCGUACGCACUCCUCAGAACAAGUGCAGUUUACACACGAGCUCGAUUCCCAAAACUCGUUUGAUGCUGUCGACUGUGGCACAUUUUCCACUCUGCCUAACGGGGACGACCUAGAACAAGGCUCGAUGCCACGCGCCGACCUCCCUGGAUGCCCGGUGGCUGAAUACGAGGAAGUAUGGCGUGAAUUGGAAUUCAGAGCUGGCCCGGAUGGUCCGGGGAAGGGUACAUCGUGGGUUAUUGAGUCGCAGAAUGAGAUUCCACUGAGCGAGGGCGAUGAGCUUGAAGUCAACAGGACCUUUCUUGGCAAGGUCUGGGGUACGUACUUGGCUCUGCGCCAGGUUCAGAUCCAUGUCCGGCAGGAGGGUUCGUCCAAGGUGGUAGAGGGGAAAGGCGUGAGCGCUAGAAGGGAGGAAUGGGAUGCUGUAACGGGGUGGCAAGUCAAGUACUGCUUAGGUGCCGGGGAUGAACUACCCUCAAUGAAUCAUGGUAUCAACGAUAGUACCUGGAAGUUGGGUCAAACAGUUCUGGUUGCGGGAAAGAAAUACAUCGUGCGUGGACUGGAAAGAACUGUCUAAGGUACGUCGUCAUGUUCGUCUAUAUACUCAUUAUUC